UUAUGCACUUGUAAAAAGUUUCAUUUUUAGACACAACAUACAAGUAGUGUUUCCGAGGAUGAAUGCGAGUGGAAGACAAAGCGGAGCCACGUUUGGGGCAGACAAGAAUAAGGAAGAAGAGAUCAUGGUCUCUGCAUUGGCUCAUGUCAUAGCUGGUGGUGGAAGAAAAGAUGGUGCAGACUAUCAUCACCUUCCUACCCAUCAUUCUGAACCAGAAUCUCAAGUUUUUUCUCACUACGCAGAUUUGUCAGUUGCAGGAUCACCAUCUUUGAUGCAUGAAAGUAGUCAGGAUACUAGUUACAGUCAAGGAACAUCUAGCGGAGAAGAAGCACAAGCAACAAGGAAGUACAGGGGAGUUCGAAGAAGGCCCUGGGGAAAAUGGGCAGCUGAAAUAAGAGAUCCUCACAAGGCCGCCAGAGUUUGGCUAGGCACAUUCACAUCUGCUGAGGCAGCUGCUCGAGCAUAUGAUGUAGCAGCACUCCACUUCAGAGGCAGCAAAGCCAAGCUCAACUUCCCCGAAAACGUCACACGAGCCUCAUCUUCCUCUCAUUCCCCAACUCCCCAGUGGAUCGUUUCUCCCAAUCCUGAUCCCAAUUUUCCCAUUUCCACAUCACGUGAUCCCAUUGCUCAGGGAGCACCAAUGUCACAAUAUUCAGUGCAUGAGCCAGUUGAGUACUCGGACUACUAUCCUCAGUUUGCAUUUUCAUCAGCUGGUACUUCGGCCUCUUGUAAUUAUUCUUCUUCCGCGUCUACUAGUGAUUACACCAGUAUUGUCAAUGUAUCUUCAUCCCAUUCUCCUGCUUUUCCAUCAUCCGAUCAAUACCAUCAACCAUAGCUUCUUCAGGAUAUAUACUAUCCGGUAUCCACGAUCAAUUUUAACUUAUUAGUACUAAAUGUUAUUAAGUUUUAGUGGAAUUUGAGUAGCUGAGAUGGUUUGUAAUUUCUUUUCACAACAGGUUGUUGGAUGAAUAUACAAGAAAGCACUCAUACUCGAUAA